AUGUCUGAUUUGCAUUUAUCUACUGAUAGUGAAGAUCAAGCCUUCGAUACAGAAGAUGAAAGCAGUGAUGAUGAAGAGUACGUGCUCAGUGGAUGGGAAGGGUCUGCUCAUGAUUCGAAAAUACUUAACGACGCAAUGAAAAAAUAUUACUUGGGGGAUGGUGGGUUUGCAAACCGGCGAUAUUGUUUAACACCAUUUCGUGGCCAACGUUAUCAUUUGAAAGAAUUUUCUGGUACGGGUAAUCAUGCGAAAAAGGCUGAAGAAUUAUUUAACAUGCGUCAUGCUUCUUUGAGGAAUGUAGUUGAAAGAUUGUUUGGUGUUUUGAAGUCUCGUUUCUUGAUCUUUAAGUCUCAACCUCCAUUUCCGUAUCAAGUGCAAGCGGAGAUAGUGACAGCUUGUGCAGGCUUACACAACUUCUUGCGAAAAGAAUGCCAUUCAGAUGAGUUUCCAGUCGAGGAAGAGGAAGAUACCCAUCCAUCAACGCUUGUAAAUGACGACGAAGUUUUGACACAACAAACUCAAGAACAACAACGUCAAGAAGCUAAUGCAUGGAGAAAGAGUAUAGCGGAUGAUAUGUGG